CAAGAGAAGGGGGAAACAACACACACGCAAGCAGCAGCCCAACCACAACACAGCUUCCCAAAGUAACAUAACACGUGUGAUACCAUAAUCACAAUGAUCACCGACGCCCUGCUCCCCUCGGCAGCAAUAAGCCUGCUCGCAUCUACUCUGCCUUACAUAUCAAAGCCACCCACCUAUCCUCAACCCUCACCAGUGAACUUUCACCGGCCCCGCCUGACACGACAGCGGACCAAAGCAUCGUUGGUGUGUUUCGGCGAAGAGUGGGAGCUCAAAACCAACGACACGCCGCACAGUCGCUGCGCAAGCUGCACUUGGCGGGCAUCGCCCACUAAUAUCUUACUUUGCAGCCAGUCUAAUGCAAUAUACACAAUGACUUUGGUGUCCUCCGACUCUCCUCACUUCCUGGCUGCAUCACAGGGCAGGGCAGGGGUGUGGAGUGGGGAGGUCGAGGACCACGACAUGAGACGGCUCGUCGCUCUUUCUUACAUGAUUUCGGGGUACGUACGGGGUAGGGUGAAAGGCCAAGGGGUAAAAGAAGGAGAAGAAGACGGAAGGACAUUGCUUCUAGAGUUUUUCUGUGGUACCACGUGAAGUGAUCGAAACCUAGGCUGGAGAUGGGAAGAUUGUGAAAUGUAGC